AAAACAAUUAUUACUUGAUCAGCAACCAUUAUUUACUAUUCAUCAUUAUGCUGGAAAGAUUGAAUAUACAGCAAAAGAUUUUCUUGAAAAAAAUCGUGAUUAUGUACCUAUGGAAAUAACUGAUUUACUUUUACAAAGUGAAGAUGAUCUUGUUAAUUUACUUUUUCGUAGUCGUCUUCGUAAAACCGGUAGCGUGAUUUAUAAUGAACAAGAUAAACAAGAUAAAGCAGCAUCUUUAUUUCGUUCAAUAAAUCAAAAAACUACAACUGCAAAUCGUACACAAGGUACUGUAUCAACAUAUUUUCGUUAUUCAUUAAUGGAAUUAGUUAGUACAAUGGCAUCCGCACAACCAACUUUUAUUCGUUGUCUUGUACCAAAUCGUUUACCAUGUCAAAUAUCACAUGUAACAUAUGAUCAUACAAGUUAUUUUCCACAAAAUUUUACAUUUGAUACAAGUCAAUUUGAUGAAAAUGUUGUACUUGAACAAAUACGAUACAGUGGUUUACUUGAAACAAUUGAAAUACGCCGACAUGGUUAUUCACAUCGAAUAAUUUUCGAUGAUUUUAUAUCGGUUUAUUCAUGUCUUAUUAAUUUUAAAGAUCAAAAAAUUAAUAAUAAACAAUUAUGUGAAUUAAUAUUGAAAAAAUUUCAUUUUAAUGAUUAUGCUAUUGGUAAAACAAAAAUAUUUUUAAAAUUUCAUCAUAUUGAACAAUUAAAUAUUGCAUAUAAAGAUUUAAUAACAAAAAUUAUUCGUUUACAAUCACGUAUACGAAUGUAUUUAAUAAGAAAACAAAAUCAAGUUACGAACGUCAAUAUUAUUAAAUCCGAUUAUGAUAAAUCAGUAGCACGUGUUCAAGCUAUGGUACGUGGUUUUCUUGUUCGAACUGCAUUGAAAAAAUCGUCAACAGCUACUCUAACUAUUCAAAGUUAUUGGAGAAUGUGGUAUGAACAAACACAAUUUAAACGUCGUCUUCUUCAUUAUCGUAAUCAACAAAUUCAACUAUCUUAUUUUCUAAAACAAAUUGAAUUAUUCGGUAGUCAUUUAUAUCAACAAUUAACAAAUCUUGAAAAAAGUAAUUCGAAUUCAAUUGAAAAAGAAAAAAAUAUUCAUAAAUAUCAAUCAGUAUCAAAAACGCACAAUUUGAAACUUCAGUCACAAAAUACAUUGAAAUUAAAUGGAAAGAAACGUAAUGUUGUUCGUUUAUGUCAAUAUUAUGAUACAAUUUAUAAAGAAUUUAUCGAUAUGAAAAAUAAAAAAAUUCUUGAAAAAAAACAAGAGGAAGUAAUUGAUAAAACAAUUCCACCACGACCAUUAACAGCACCACCGAUAACUAAUAUACCACAAGCUCCACCUUUUCCACCACCGGAAGUUUUGAAACAAACUAGUAAUAAAGUUCAGAUUUUUGAACGAAUGGAAUCAGCACCAGCUACUAUGAUAAGUCCAGUUGUAGAAUCAAAACAGAUAUCACCACCAGUUACAGUAAAAACUCCAGUAGACGAAUUAAAACAAAUGUUUGCUACGAAACAAGCAAAAUCUACAAAUCCAGUUUUUUCUAAUUUAUUUCGACCCGUCUCUCCACCACCUAAUAUAACAGAAAUAGACGAUAAUUCAUCGUCAUUAACCUUUCGUCAUAUCAAUCAUUCUAACCAUAACGUACGACAAAAUGAUUCUCAGUCCAGACAUCGUCUAUCCUUAUCAUCAAGUCUAAAUAAAAAUAAAGCAGCUGGUCUAUUAACAUCAAGUGCAUCGAGUCUCGUCGGAGAAGUAGUAUUAACAUCCGAUGAUGUUAGUAAACUUAAAAAUAAUCUACGUAAAACUGGUUUUGGUGAUAGAAAUCAAACAUUACGACGAAAAUUACCAACAGAAACAGUUCAAGUUGAUUUUCGUAAUGUUCUUCGUUCAUCAAAAACGCAUUCAACUCCAAAUAUUAAUAAAUAA